AUGCUGGCAGGAACAUUCUUUCUUAUGGAGCGCAGUAACAGGCGAGCCCCCUCCUCCCCGGACUGGGAGAGCUUCGGUGUGGUGAAGAGCCUCGGGGCACGGAGCGCGAGGGUGGAUGUGCUGCCCCACCUGCUGCCGUGGCUCUCUGCCAGCGCCGCUGCCAGCCUGCGGCAUGGCUCCUGUGCCACCCUGCUUGACUACCACUCCACGCAAACCAAGUUUGAAGGCACCAAUGUGCACUCCUCGCUCUGCCCUCCCUCCCCUCCCUCCCUCGUUGCCGCCACAGUAUUCUAUCCCGUCUCCCUCAUCUCGUCUCUUCCCCUUCCACUGUGCCGCCGAUCCACACUGCUGCAAGCACCAUCACCAUCCAGUCGCCUUCAGCCACUCACCCUCGUCUACGUCCCCGACUCAAAGCUGCCGUCACCCCACCGCCCUCCUGCUGCCCUUGCCACUGCACCCGCUCUUGCCCCUUCCACUCCACCUUCUCCCUCCGGUUCUGCUGUCGUCCCUCUGUCUCCCACUGCUGCACUUGUUGCACUUGACAUCACUCCUGUUUGCGCCUCGCCUCGCCGCCUGCCCUCACGUCUCAACCCCUCAAAGCCUGUCGAGAUAUCGCUUAUCAGGGACAUCAUAUCGUUCGUGUCCCAGCGAGCGUCAACAAAUGCGGCGAAAGAGGGUCUGUUGAAUGCAAGUGUGCAAGAAUUGGCUGAUACAGAUGCGCCUGGUCUGUCAGAUGAAGAUGUGAAGGAGCUGAAUUGCAUGCUGAAGACAUGGGGAGUUGAUGCUGAUGCAAAGCAGCUAGACACUGUUGUUGACGAGUAUGGAAGGAUUGCGCUGCACGUUGCUGCUCGCGAUGGGGAUGUACUUGUGGUGCAGGCGCUAUUGGGCCUGGGCAUGCCUGUUAGCGUGCGCUGCAACAACCGCAGCACACCCAUGCACCGAGCUGCGGACCCCACUGCACGACGCAGUGAGGCAGGGCAAGUGGGAGGCAGUGAAGUGGCUGGCACAGCAGGGAAUAGACCCCCAGGAGGUGGAGACCAACCCCUUCCCGGGGGUGCUGCCUGA